CACUCUGCCACUCACACACUCUUCCCCUGCUUGAUCUCCACUCGCACGCUCGCUCCACUCUCCACCACGACCACCGACAACCUCGCCGCCAACAUUCCGAGCCGAGCCAUGCCGCCCCAGUGCCUCAUCCUGUGCGUGUGCCUGGCCGCGUUCGGCCGCAACGUUUGCACCAACGCCGAAGAGGGGGCAUCGGUGGGGGCAGCCGGAGGGGCAGCGGCAGCUGCGGCGGGGGCAGCAACGGGGGCUACCUCGUGGGGGCCCGGGGAGGAGCAGCCGGAACGCGCCGAGUGCACGCCGGCGUGCAUCUGGAGGGAGCAGAGCAAAGCGCUGCGCCUCGAGUCCAUCAAGUCGCAGAUCCUGAGCAAGCUGCGACUCAAGCAGGCGCCCAACAUCAGCCGCGACGUCAUCAGCCAGCUGCUGCCCAAGGCGCCGCCGCUGCAGCAGCUGCUGGACCAGUACGACUUCCAGGGGGACCAGGGACCCUCGUCCAACCACGCGCACUGGGAAGACGACGACUACCACGCCACGGCCGAGACCAUCAUCAUCAUGGGCAGCGAGCCCGACCCCCUGGUGCGCGUGGACGGCUCCCCUCGCUGCUGCUUCUUCCGAUUCACGCCCAAGAUGAUGCUGAACAAGGUGGUGAAGGCCUACCUGUGGGUGUACCUGCGGCCCGUGGACGCUCGCAGCACAGUGUUCAUCCAGGUGCUGCGCCUCAUCCCGCUCUCCAAGGGGGGCACCGUGCGCAUCCGCUCGCUCAAGACCGACCUGGGCUCCCGCGCGGGACAAUGGCAGAGCAUCGACUUCAAGUACAUCCUCCACAACUGGUUCCUGCACCCCGAGACCAACUGGGGAGUGGAGAUCAAGGCGGUGGACGAGCGGGGCAACGACCUCGCCAUCACGGCGCCGGGGCCCGGCGAGGAGGGACUGCAACCCUUCCUGGAGGUGAAGGUGACCGAGCCGUUCCGGCGCUCCCGGAGGAACAUCGGCCUCGACUGCGACGAGUCGUCCAACGAGUCGCGCUGCUGCCGCUACCCCCUCACCGUGGACUUCGAGGCCUUCGGCUGGGACUGGAUCAUCGCGCCCAAGCGCUACAAGGCCAACUACUGCUCGGGCCAGUGCGAGUACAUGUUCCUGCAGAAGUACCCACACACGCACCUCGUGCAGCAGGCGAGCCCGCGCGGCUCCGCGGGGCCCUGCUGCACCCCGACCAAGAUGUCGCCCAUCAACAUGCUGUACUUCAACGACCAGCAGCAGAUCAUCUACGGCAAGAUCCCCGGCAUGGUGGUGGACAGGUGCGGGUGCUCCUAAGGGGGCCGGCCCGGUGGGGUUCGACCCACCACCGCCUCCACCGCCAACACCGCUUCCUCGCUCUUCCCAUCUCGCCCGGCUGCCUCUCGGCUCUCACUUGCUCAGUUUUCUUU